AUGGAUUUAAUGGGCAGCUCUGGUUGCUCUAAGAAGAGGAAUAUUUUUGGUGCUCCUAGCCCUGCCAAGGAUAAUAGGAAUAUGACAGAACUAAUGAAUACCAGUGAGGACCAAACCUUUCAGAGAAGAUUCAAAGCAACAAAUGCCAUUAACUUGGAAAAUGCUGCAUCCUUUGUCAAUAUUCUUGAUCCUAUUAUUGAUGAUGCUGACAAUGUGAACCUCUUAAAGCCUGUAACAAUGGAUGAAAUCCAUCUACCUGUUAACUCUAUUGGACCCCUGAAAGCUCCUGGACCUGAUGGCAUUCAUGCCAUGUUUUAUCAGAAGCACUGGGACUUAGUCAAAGACAAGAUGAGUGACAUUGUUCUGGAUUUCUUCCAAAAUAAUACUUCAUUAAGGCUUUUGAAUCACACUAACAUUGCUUUGAUCCCUAAAGUUGAAUCCCCUGAAAUUGUUAGUCACUUUAGACCAAUUAGUUUAUGCAACGUUGUUUAUAAGGUUAUAUCUAAAAUUCUAAUUGCUAGAUUAAAGCGUCUCCUGGUGAAGUGCAUUUCAAGAAACCAAGGAGCUUUUGCUCCUGGAAGAUCUAUUGUUGAUAAUAUCCUUAUUGCUCAUGAAUUGUUUUCUUCGUUCAAUAAAAAGAAGGCUACUUCUGGUUCUAUGGCUAUUAAGCUAGAUUUGGAAAAGGCCUAUGAUUCUUUGGAUUGGAAUUAUAUCAAACUGUGUUUACACAGAUUUGGUUUUGAUGUUAAAUGGAUAAACCUAAUAAUGGAUUGUAUUUCUUCUGUUACCUUUUCCAUUCUUAUUAAUGGCAAACACUUAAAUUACGCUGCUUCUAACUCUAAGAACCAUGUUGGCAUACUCUCCUCUCCUGGAGGAUAUAGAAUAUCCAAUCUUAUGGUUGCUGAUGGCUAUUUGAUUUUUGUCAGAGCAACCAACAAGGCAGCUAAUAAUAAAGACCCCUUGAAUGCUAAAGAAUUACUUUUGAAGAUUUCAAAUAAGCUCAGUGGUUGGAAAAAGGCCACCCUUUCUAGAGCAGGGAAACUUACUCUUAUAAAGUCUAAUAUUGCUGGAAUGCCAAACCAUGUUAUGUCUUGCUUCAAAUGCCCUCCAAAAGUUACUAAAGCCAUUGACAAAGAAACUAGAUCUUUCUUCUGGGGUAAGGAUUGUCAUUGCCCCCCAGUUGCUUGGAACCAAAUUUGCUUGCCUAAAUCCUUAGAUGGUCUUGGAAUUCGACUGACAACUUCUUUCAACAAGGCUGCUUUGGCAAAACUAGGCUGGAAAGUGAUCUCUGAUCAUGAUAACUGGUGGGUUGAUAUUGUUCGUAGGAACUCAGGGGAUGAGGACAUAAACCACCUUUUCUUCUCCUGCCCCUUUGCUGCAAAUGUUUGGCGCUCUGCUGGAAGGAUUACUGAAAAUCUUCUCCUUCUUUGUUGGAACAUUUGGGAGGCGAGGAAUAAUCUAAUUUUCAGACAUUCCUCCUCUCUUCCUAACAUGGUGGUUCAUGCUGCGGCCUCCAUUGGUGAGAACUACGGAAGAAACAACCCUUGCCACUUCAAGGGUCCUACUUCUAUCCCUCAAGUUAUCCGCUGGUUACCUCUUCCUGUUGGCUUCGCCAAGCUCAAUUUCGAUGGUUCUGUUGUCAACAAUAAGAAAGCUUCUUCUGGUUUUGUUAUUAGGGAUCAUGAUGGUUCCCCCUCUUUACUGGUGCGAGAGCCAUUGGUCAUGCUUCUGUCCCCAUUGCUGAAGGAAGUGCAGUCUGUGAUGGUCUUUAUCAUGCGCUCCACCUUAACUGUCGAAAGCUUUAUGUCGAAGGUGGCUCCAAGUUAA